AUGAAAUUUGAGAUUAUUUUUACAAUUUUUUUAAUAGUGACCAUUAAAACUCAUGAACCUAUUAAAACAUUUGAACAAUUCAAAAAAGUUUUCCAUAAACGAUAUUCCAACAUAAAUGAAGAAAACACGCGUCGAAAAAACUUCGAAAAUGCAUUGAAAUAUGUGGAAGGCAAUAAACGUCGUGGUGUCAAAAUUACCCAAUUUGCUGAUUUGAGUUUAGAAGAAUUCAAAUCAAGAUAUAUAAUGGAUGCUAAAACCUAUGCAAAUGUGAAAAAGAGAAAUUUUUAUAGUUCUGGUAAAUGUCAGAUCAAAGAUAUUCAUUUGCCGGCAUCGAUUGAUUUACGAAAAUCAGGUCAUGUAACACCGAUACAGAAUCAAGGUUUAUGUGGUUCAUGUUGGGCAUUUUCGGCUAUAGCAACUGCAGAAUCAGCAUUCUUAGCAUCGAAUAUUUCAGUUAAUCUUUCCGUACAAGAAUUAGUCGAUUGCGCUUCUGAUCAUGGAUGUAAUGGUGAUGAUACGAUUACUGGUUUUGAUUAUAUUAUGGAGAAUGGUGUUGUCAUCGAAAAUGUUUAUCCAUACACUGGCUACAAAAAUAAUUGCAAUAGUCAUGAUACAAAACGAUAUAAGAUUUUUAGUUAUUGUCUAAUCUCUUCACAAGAUGAAAAUAAAAUAAAACAAACGCUGGCUAUCACUAAAAGUGCCAUUUCAGUAGUGAUUACUAUUGGUGAUAUUGAUGAAUUCCGUUAUUAUGAUGGCAACACUUUAAUCCGUUAUGAUAAGAAUUAUGGUUCAAAUUAUCAUGCUGUAAACAUUGUUGGCUAUGGAACAAUACAAGGUGUCGAUUAUUGGAUUGUACGAAACAGUUGGGGUGAAUAUUGGGGUGCCGAUGGUUAUGCUUAUCUUGAAAUGCAUAAAGAUUUAAUGGGCAUCGAUGAAUAUCCACUUGUUGCCAUUGUAUAGAAUAAUUAAUUCAUUUUCAUUAAUAUUUCGUUAUUAAUUAUUCUUUGUAUAAAAAGUUUUGAACUAAGUUAUAAAAAUGU